GAGGAAGUUACACGGUCCGACACGUUUACGGUCUACAGGAUCGUACGCGUCGUUGUCAAGCUGAGACGCGAUGGAGGCAAGCUUGCACACGCGGUACAGGAAGCGCGUACCAGAGAGAUCUCUUAAGAAGGAACCAAGAAAUGGUUAGAGACAAGAGAGAAGAGGAGGAGGAGCAAUAGAACAACGAGGGCUUUGGGAACAAUGGACAGCUGCUGGGAUCGGGUGGCGAUUCCGAUGAGGCGAGUCUGGAUCAACGUGGCUACCCGUAUCGGCAUUCAGAAAACCGGGUUGUCGAAGCUGAGGAAGGAGGUGAGGACGUGCGAGUACGAGGACGUGCACGUGAUGUGGGAGAUGCUGCGGAAGACCGACGGCGAGAUCGGACGGUAUCCGCCGGUGGCGAUGGAUGAUGAUAACAAGAUCCGACGGCGGAGGAUGAGGCAUCACCGGAGUGGGAGGGCGAGGAGCGGCGUGUGGGCGGCCGUGCUCGAGUGGGCUCCUCAUAACCUGUGCCGCGAAUUCUAAUUGGAUUGGAACGGAUCCGAAUAUGGGAUGAGUGCGGCAUAAGAGAGUUGGUCUCGGCACAUGCGAAGCCGUCUUUCCCUACCGUCUUCCCCCGUCGCUGCAAUAUCUGUCGUGGUAGUCGCGGUGGUCUAAUUUUGGGUUCUCUUGUACACAGACCGAACGAUCGCGAAGACAAUGGAAGCGAGGGGGAGCUUUCCACCCCUGCAUAUAUAUAUAUAUAU